UUUGUACACUUCCGGUUAAUUUUACAAUGGAAGGUAGAACCCGGCUAAGAUCGGUCAGCAGUCCUAAAACCGAGAGUAAACGAAACAGCACCGAGAGUAGACAAUUUCACUCUGAGAUAAGCAAUAGUAGUGACAAUAGUAACAGCAGCUUAAGGAGAAAUGAUCAUUCAGCUGACCCCGAUAGAAACGAAGACGAAGACGGCGUCAGCAAAGAAUUGAAGAUGUUGUCGUAUGGUCCAUCAGGAGGUCAUGGUAAAUUCAUGGAAGAUUUUGACCCAGAAAGAAGUGGACGAGAAAUGAGAAAGAUGAACAGACGGAUUUACAGAGAAAGUGUUCGAAAGAACCAGCUGUAUGAUGAGACUGGCCGCUUGUUCGAGAACAGCAAGGAUCUGUGUGACUGUCUAGAAGUUGACUGUCCAGGUUGUCAUUUUCCCUGUUCCAAGUGUGGAUCUGAGAAGUGCGGAUCUGAGUGCCGAUGUAAUCGCAAAUGGGUCUACGAGAGUGUGGAGGUUGAGGGCACAGACAUUGUUAUCAAGUGGCCAACAUGAGAAGAUUCUUUUGUGAUAAGUGUUCAACAGUUUGCCUGAACUUCAUAGUGUCAAAGAAGAAAUGUUGUGUUCUGUAUGUGCUACUGCUACAAGGAAAGGCCCAAACUGUUAAGUGAGCAUGUUGCAAGCCUUCCACCAGUUUCAGUGAGAGGUUUAUUUCAAGUGUUAAUUUUCUUAACAUAAUCGAUACCUCUAAUUACCGGUAUGCACUUUACAUCCGUUUGAAACAGGUGAAGUGAUGAAUAUUACUUUUACAUUUGUACUUGAAUUAGUUUGAAACAUUUGUGUAUGUAUGGACACUUUGUAUGGCCAUUGUGUUGGUGUGUAAAUCUUUGAAAAUCAUAAACCAUUUAACCCAUUUAAUGAUUUCAUAGCCUCUAGUAUGAACAUUGGAUAAAAACUGCUCAGCACUUCAUUCUGGCAAUAUCAACCCUCAGGUUUUGAAAAUGACUAUAAACACUACAUUUUAUGAAAACAUAAUUAUGUAUGUUAUUAACUUUCCUACCCACAGAUCUGUAUUAAAUUUGUGUCAUGGAAAUCCUCGUGGAAAGUUUCAUAAUAAAUCAGCCUCACUGAACUUUGAUUUGCAACUGCAACUGUUAUCUUUUCUCAAAGGAGGACAGCUGAGCACAGAUUCCUGGUUGAGACUAAAAGCAUAUUUGUUUCUAUGUAUGUUCAAGAGUUAACUGAACAGGUUAAUUCAGAUGGUAAUUGAAUUUACUGCAGGUGCCUACUUGCUGGAACAGUUUAAUAUUUUCCUUGAAAGCCAAAGCAUCACUAAAAAGCCAGUCGUUCUACAUUCAAAAUUCCAGGUCUCCAUUCUAGGCUUGAUUUCCUUGUAAGCACAUUGCUGUGACUAGGACAUUACCGUCAUGGUUGUUGCAGCACAGUUACGUCCCCUUGCACGCAGUGUAUCUUCAAAACUUGAUGAAUCGUCUAUCUUGCCUGGAGUUGUUAAUGUUACCAGUACUCAUGAAUUAAGUAAGGAUAAGAUAUAUGGAUGAACAGCUUCUUUAUCAUGUUUAUUCCAAUUAGGAGUGACGUUUUGGUGUAGGUUCUAACACCGUUUUCAAGCAAGAACCUACACUGAAAAGUCGAUCCUAAUUGUAAUAAAGAAGUUGUUCAUCCAUAUAUCUUAUCCUUACUUAGUACUCCAACUUCAAAAUGCCUCUCAAAGAAGUUACUCAUGAAUUACUUUGUUAUUGAUGUCAGUUGAAUUGAACUGAAGCUGUUAAUGGUUUAUUUACAUGGUGGAAAUGAAAGGCAAAGAGAUACUGUUUUUGAUUAGCACUUUGCAUGUUCGUGAACUGAAUACAUAUAAUAUCAUAUGGUUUUUUUUUUUCAGAAUACAUGUUGAUUUAGCUUUCAUGACAAUUUAAGUGGGGUUUAUUGGAGAUAUUACAAAUAAUUGAGUGUUUUCCAUUUUAUUCUAUUAAUGUCAAUAAUAAUGUCUGUUAUAACUGUACAUGUACAGUUUAAACCAGUGUUUGUGAACUGGUUUGGUAAUACUUUUGUUACUUAAGGAAUAUUUGUUUUUGGUUAUCAAUUAUUAAUAUUGAUUUGAAACACAAAAUGUACAACAUCCAUAUAUACAAAGUUAUAGGGAUUUGUUGAUUUUCACUGUCUGCGAAGUCCAUUGUUCAGUUGUUACAGAAGAAAAGAGGUUGCUAAUCAUGUUCAUGUCUUCAUCAAAAUUAUCUAUCCCCGCCCUCCUCACACUUCCACAUAUCCAUUUAUUGUGGGUGGGUGGAGGGGUUGGAGAGUUGAGUAAAUAUAUGACCCUCAGUGCUUGUCCACUCACUUGUCUCACGGAUGCACAGUUGCUGAAAUACUUCUCAGUAUUCAUUGUUUAAUCAUAGAAAUGUAAUCAUGUAGAUGUUAUUCCAUGUUGGAAUCAGAAAUGAAAUAUGACUUGUAAUGGUUGGUUGGUUGGUUUGUUGUUUAACGCCACACUCAGCAAUAUUCCAGCUAUAUGACGGCGGUCUGUAAAUAAUCAAGUCUGGACCAGACAAUCCAGUGAUUGACAUCAUGAGCAUCAAUCCACGCAAUUGGGAUCAAUGACAUGCAUCAACCAAGUCAGCGAGCCUGACCACCCGAUCCUGUUAGUCACCUUUUUCGACAAGCAUAGUCACCUUCGACUUGUAAUGAUCUGAUGAUUAUGGAGAUAUGAUUGUGAAGAAUUGCAUCCCUUAGUUGCCAAAGACUGUGAGGUGUGGGUUUUUCAAAUCCAUAUGCCAAGAUUUAAAUAUGUUGCUGUGUCUGUCAGCUUGGUCACCUUGAAAUUUUAAUAGCAGUCCAAAGUCAUGUGUGAUGAAUAAAGGUAGACAACUCUUGGGGGUCUCAUGGAAUUCUCAUGUUGCAGGUGUUUCUGUUGUUUGUGUCAGGGUGUGUAUUUUCCAGUACACAUUAUGUGACAUAUUGUGCUUUAAACAAGACCGUUUUGUGAAAAUAUCUGAUGGUCUCCAGUAAGGUAAAGUACAUUCCUAUGUUGUACAGCCAAUUGAAAUAUUGUCUCACCUCACAUAAGUGUUUCAAAUAAGCGCCUGCCCAUAGGCCCAUGGCAGGUAUAUCUCGUGUCGGGCCCAUAGUUUCACACGGUUUUACACGGGCCCUUGUGACCUGCAGUAAAUUUACUAUCAUUUUAUAUGUCACAAUAAGCUGCAGUUUUGUUUUUUUAAUGAGGGCCUGAAGAGUUUAGUCAGGACCAACAGCUUCUGGCAUUUGUUUUUAUUUCAAACACUGCCGAACAUCUGUGAUUGUAAGGAGUAGAUUUUAAGGUGUUCAUUUUCUUUUAUGUGCCACUUGUUUGUUUUUUUGUUAUGGUUUGUCAUUGAGAUCAAAGACUUGGUUCUUGUACACUCUUUGCAUCAGUAACCAUGGUAACAACAGGACAGCAUUUUAUCAGGAGGCCAACUUCCAAAACAAAUCUUUUAACAGACCUUGCCUGAGAACCAAUUGCUUUUAUAUUUCCACGGAAUCCAAUCAAAAUACUGGAGAUUGAUGGUAUUUUGUGGAUGUAAUGAUUUUGAAGGUGUGAUACAGUGGCUAGUUGUACUUGGCUUUCUGUAUGGAUGCAGCCCUUGCAGUUUGUAAAUGAUCACAGUGGAGAUGUAGUCAUUAUUAUUACCAUAACUACCACUCUAUGUGAGAACAACAUUGUAAUAAAAUAUAUGAUCUGA